GCGCGCGCGGCUGGAGCUCGGCUGGGGGCGGCGGGACUAUCGCGAUAGAGCGAAGGUUCCCAGUGCCGGCAGCCUGGCGGGACUAUCGUGAUAGAGCGAAGGUUCCCAGUGCCGGCAGCCUGGGAGGGAUGUCGCGAUAGAGCGAAGGUUCCCAGUGCCGGCAGCCUGGCGGGACUAUUGCGAUAGAGUGAAGGUUCCCAAUGCCGGCAGCCUGGGAGGGCUGUCGCGAUAGAGCGAAGGUUCCCAGUGCUGGCAGCCUGGCGGGACUAUUGUGAUAGAGUGAAGGUUCCCAGUGCCGGCAGCCUAGGAGGGCUGUCGCGAUAGAGUGAAGGUUCCCUGUGCCGGCAGUGCACGUGGCUUGGCAGGGCUGUAGCAAUAGGUCGAAGGUUCCUAGAGCCGGGGGUGCGCAGGGCCUGGCAGGACUAUUACAAUAGAGUCGCUGAGCUCCAUCCCGGAUGGAUGCGGACGGGGCCGUGGACCCGCGGGCGCUGGAGCGGGAGCUGCGGGCGGCGGUGGCGGAGGACGAGCGUCGGGACAGGGAGAACGAGGCCAAGCUGCGUGCCAUGCGCCAGCGCGUCCCCUCCUACGAGCAGUUCAGGAACAUUGUGCUGGCAUCACACCUCAAGCCCCUAGAGAAGAAGGACAAGAUGGGUCAGAGGAGGAACGUGCUGUGGAAUCCUUGUGCAGCCCAUGCCAAGGUGCCACAAGCCAGCGAUGUGGAAAUACCCCAGGAACUGGAUCAGCUGCCUGGAACCUCUGCUGAAUUUUACAGAGAUUGGCGCAGAUGCUUAAAAAGCAGAAAACUAAAAUACCAGUUUUUGCUGGAACUCGGAGGGGAAGCCUUGGGCAGAAUCUUUCAGGCUGACUUGGGCUAUGGCCUCCUGGGUGAAUUCCUUACGGUGCUGGCAGAGAAUGUCUGUCAUGAAGACAGAGAUGCCAUCCUUCAGAUCUUACAGAGCCUUUCGGGCACCAAGCGCUUCGGGUUAAACCUGGAUCUCCUGAGCGAGCCGGAGAAGGAGAGCAGCAGGGAUUUGUUUAGGAAGCUGUGGAGCAUGAGCAGGGAGUAUUGGACCGCCGGCCAUCCCAGCAGCGCAGCCGGCUGCGAAGCAGAGGGGGAAGCCCACCUCAUGGAUGCCAGCUUGCAAAACAAAACCGAGGAGGAAAGGAGGGUGCUGGAGUUGAUGAAAUGUUACCAGAUCAACUGAAGGAGCAGAAGCGCCAGAGUCGUGCAGAAAUAGAGCACAAAAAGAGGCUCAAAGCUUGACUUUGGCAUCCCUGUGUGAGAGGGAUAAAUGGGAUACUUCUGGAGCACUGCUGUACCUUUCUCUGUACCUGGGAGCCACCCAGAGCAAUAGUUCUGCACAAAUAAAGGUUAGUUAC